AUGCUUUUCGAGCUGGAGCAAGAAAUGGAUCGGCUUGACUUCAAUCAUAUGCUCAUGACAAAAGCGAUUGGAAAUAAGCUCUUUCUGACCCCGAUCGAUGCUGGGAAAGUUCACAAUGUCCUCGACAUUGGGACAGGCACCGGUAUCUGGGCUAUUGAAGCAGCAGAAAUAUUCCCCAAUGCCAAGAUCACCGGGAACGAUCUGAGUGCUAUUCAACCCACUUGGGUUCCGCCUAAUGUCCAUUUUGAGGUCGAUGACGUUGAAAGUCCUUGGCUCGGCUUGAACGGAUUUGACUUCAUCUUCUGCAGGUACAUGCUUGGUGCCAUCGCAGACUGGCCGAAGCUGAUGGAACGGGUCUACGAGCAAUGGUUCAAGCACCUCGCCAUACCUGAGAUCAUGGCCAUCAAGGCCUCCAAUCGAUACAAUAUGGAUGAGACUGGUAUUCUAGAAGGCAGAGGAUCAAAUGGGCUUGUCCUUGGAUCAUCAGAAACUCGUUCUAUCCGCAAGAAACAGCCUGGAUCGCGUGCUUGGACAUCUCUGAUCGAGUGUAUCUCUGCAACUGGCAAGGCACUGCCUCCACUUGUUAUAUACAAGGGCAAGAGUGUCCAGCAGCAGUGGUUCCCUCUAGAUCUGACGCCAUAUGAAUCCUGGAAGUUCACAGCUACAGAAAAUGGGUGGACUUCAGACUCUACAGCUGUCAAGUGGUUAACAGAGGUCUUUAUUCCUUCAACCCAGCCAGGGGACCCCUCAGAGGUCAGAUUAUUGAUUUUGGAUGGUCAUGGAAGCCAUGAGACUACUGCUUUUAUGUAUACAUGCUUCAGGAACAAGAUACACUUGCUGUUCUUGCCAGCACACACGUCACACGUCCUUCAGCCACUUGAUCAGUCGGUUUUUGGGCCCCUCAAGGCAGCAUACAAGAAGGAGCUUGGAUUACUGGCUGAAUGGGAUGCUGGUACAGUUGUGGGCAAGAGAAACUUCGUUAUAUGCUAUGGCAAGGCGCGUAAGGCAGCCCUGACAAGCAAGAACAUCAUCAGUGGCUGGAAAUGGACUGGUUUGUGGCCUGUCAGUAUGGCUAGACCCCUCAUGAGCCCUCUGCUGCUUGAGAACACAUCAACCCCUGCCAAACCAGCUGGUCAGGUCUGCAAAGGGCUCUCUGAUGGCAAAGCAAGCGAAAAAUGGGCGGCAGAUACAUCAGCAGUCCUUUGGUCAACCCCCAAGAAGAGGGAUGAGCUUCAGGAUCAGUUCAGCCUGUUCAGCAAGCUAGAUAACGAUGAGCAUACGCAGCGCCUGCUUUUCCGGAAGGUUCAGAAGGGCUUUGAUGAGAAGGCAUACCAAUUAGCAGUAGCCCAGCGAAAGAUUGAGGCACUGCAGGCAGAGGUUGAUGCCAGUAGGGCCAGGAAACGGAAGAAGGUCAAAAUGAGCCCAAAUUCGAAGUUUGCCGAUAUUGAGGCUAUUCGGAGGGCUCAAAUCGAGGCGGGCGAACUUGAAAGUAGCACAGAUGAAUCCAGCGAGUCAGAAAACCCUAGUGAGGGCAUCAAAAAUGGGGUGCCCAAAUGUGGGGGGUGCCCAGAAGUGGGUGUGGGACGUUACGACCUGAGCUUCGUGUCCGACGACGGCAGCCUUACAGAGGAGCAUGAGACCAUGAAAUGGGUACAGGGGUUCAUCAAAGCUUGCGAAACGAUAGGCCGCAACGCAUGCCCCGGGCCUCAUCUGGAAGGAUGGGUCCAGGACGCUGGCUUCACCGACGUCGUGUAUCAGCGGUUCAAACUGCCCAUUGGACCAUGGCCCAAGGACCCUCAUUACAAGGAACUCGGAAUUAUCAAUCUUAUUCAAUUGAUGGACGGCGCAGAAGCAUUUACUUUCAGGAUCUUCUGUGACGUCCUGGGAUGGACUCGCGAUGAGUGCAUCGUCAUGCUUGCCAAGGUCCGCAAUGAGUUGAAGUCUAACACCUUCCACGCUCGCAUGGAGUUGUGA